GUUUCUAUCUCUGGGAGGGCAGCUGAGUCGGCGGCGGCGGCGGCGGCGGUAGGGACGCCGGCUGAGGGGGCGCUGAGGCGUGAGCUGUGGCGGCGCUGGGCGCCCCUCGCUCCUCGGCCUCUGGGGGCCAUGGGCUCCGAGAAAGACUCCGAGUCGCCGCGGUCUACAUCCCUACACGCGGCUGCGCCCGACCCCAAGUGCCGCAGCGGCGGCCGGCGCCGGCGCCUCACCUUCCACAGCGUCUUCUCCGCCUCGGCCCGUGGUCGCCACGCCCGGGCCAAGCCGCAGGCCGAGCCGCCACCCCCGGCCGCGCCGCCGCCGCCCGCCCCGGCCCCUGCCGCGGCCCAGGCCCCGCCGCCUGAGGCGCUGCCCGCCGAGCCGGCCGCCGAGGCCGAGGCGGAGGCCGCGGCGACGGCGGGGCCCGGGUUAGACGAUGAGGAGGCGGCGGAGGGCGGCGGCUCGGGCCCGGAGGAGGUGGAGUGUCCGCUGUGCCUGGUGCGGCUGCCGCCCGAGCGGGCCCCGCGCCUCCUCAGUUGUCCGCACCGCUCGUGCCGGGACUGCCUCCGCCACUACCUGCGCCUGGAGAUCAGCGAGAGCCGGGUCCCCAUCAGCUGCCCCGAGUGCAGCGAGCGACUGAACCCGCACGACAUCCGGCUGCUGCUCGGCGAUCCACCGCUCAUGCACAAGUACGAGGAGUUCAUGCUGCGCCGCUACCUGGCCUCGGACCCCGACUGCCGCUGGUGCCCGGCCCCGGACUGCGGGUAUGCUGUUAUUGCCUAUGGCUGUGCCAGCUGCCCAAAGCUGACCUGUGAGAGGGAAGGCUGCCAGACUGAGUUCUGUUACCACUGCAAGCAAAUAUGGCAUCCAAAUCAGACAUGCGAUAUGGCCCGUCAGCAGAGGGCGCAGACAUUGCGAGUUCGGACCAAGCACACUUCAGGUCUCAGUUAUGGGCAAGAAUCUGGACCAGCAGAUGACAUCAAGCCAUGCCCACGAUGCAGUGCUUACAUUAUCAAGAUGAAUGAUGGAAGCUGUAAUCAUAUGACCUGUGCAGUGUGUGGCUGUGAAUUCUGUUGGCUUUGUAUGAAGGAGAUCUCAGACUUGCAUUACCUCAGCCCCUCUGGCUGUACAUUCUGGGGCAAGAAACCAUGGAGCCGUAAGAAGAAAAUUCUUUGGCAGCUGGGCACAUUGAUUGGUGCUCCGGUGGGGAUAUCCCUCAUUGCUGGCAUUGCCAUUCCUGCCAUGGUCAUUGGCAUUCCUGUUUAUGUUGGCAGGAAGAUUCAUAGCAGGUAUGAGGGAAGGAAAACCUCCAAACAUAAGAGGAAUUUGGCUAUCACAGGAGGAGUGACUUUGUCGGUUAUUGCAUCCCCAGUUAUUGCUGCAGUUAGUGUUGGUAUUGGUGUCCCUAUUAUGCUGGCUUAUGUUUAUGGGGUUGUGCCCAUUUCUCUCUGUCGUGGAGGUGGCUGUGGAGUUAGUACGGCCAAUGGAAAGGGAGUGAAAAUUGAGUUUGAUGAAGAUGAUGGCCCAAUCACAGUGGCAGAUGCCUGGCGAGCCCUCAAGAAUCCCAGCAUUGGGGAAAGUAGCAUUGAAGGUCUAACUAGCGUAUUGAGCACCAGUGGAAGCCCUACAGAUGGACUCAGUGUUAUGCAAGGUCCAUACAGCGAAACAGCCAGCUUUGCAGCCCUCUCAGGAGGCACACUGAGUGGUGGCAUUCUUUCCAGUGGCAAGGGAAAAUACAGCAGGUUAGAAGUCCAAGCCGAUGUCCAAAAGGAAAUUUUCCCCAAAGACACAGCCAGUCUUGGUGCAAUUAGUGACAACGCAAGCACUCGUGCUAUGGCCGGUUCCAUAAUCAGUUCCUACAACCCACAGGACAGAGAAUGCAACAAUAUGGAAAUCCAAGUGGACAUUGAAGCCAAACCAAGCCACUAUCAGCUGGUGAGUGGAAGCAGCACGGAGGACUCACUCCAUGUUCACGCACAGAUGGUGGAGAAUGAAGAAGAAGGUGGUGGUGGCAGUGGCAGCAAUGAAGAGGAUCCCCCCUGCAAACACCAAAGCUGUGAACAGAAAGACUGCCAGGCCAGCAGACCUUGGGACAUCAGCCUGGCCCAGCCCGAGAGCAUCCGCAGUGACCUGGAGAGCUCUGAUACGCAGUCCGACGAUGUGCCAGACAUCACCUCGGAUGAGUGUGGCUCCCCUCACUCCCAGGCUGCAGCCUGCCCCUCAACACCCAGAGCCCCAGGUGCACCGAGCCCAAGUGCCCAUAUGAACCUCUCUGCCCCAGCUGAGGGGACGACUGUCUUGAAGCCAGAAGAUGCAGAAGCCAGAGUAUGAAGUGGAAUAAAUGCUCCUGUUAUGAGAAGCACACUUAUGCACCUGCUCCUUGUCUUCCUGGCCUGUGCUUUACUACAAUGAGGAUGAUGAGUCUGGACAACAGCCAUCUUGGAAGAUUCUUAUCUCUUGGGCACUUCAACCAGACUUAGCACGUUGUCCUGCACCUGGGACAAGAGGUGCUGUUAGUGGACUUUGGGUCUCUAGAAGAAUGACCAAGAGGGUGUCGUUGUGUGAAAAAGGGAACUUGUUGGGAAAAGGGGCAGACUGUAUGGAAAUCUCUGAAAUGCAAAUUAUCAACUCAAGACUUGUAUUUCUCUUGAAGCAGCAUGAAGAGAGCAAUUAACUUGGAUAAAAUCAAGGAAGUUCUUUUGGAGGGGCAGGAGUUUACAGCCAAACCUGUAUUAUUAUUAUUUGUGUGUGUGUGUGUGGUAUGCGGGCCUCUCACUGCUGUGGCCUCUCC